AUGCCCUUCGUCCAAGCCAACAGUCACCGUCUCAACUAUGCAGACUCCCACCCAACCGGUCCUCCCACACCAACUGGUCUAACCUUCAUCUUCAUUCACGGCCUGGGCUCCUCGCAAAACUACUACUAUCCAGUAAUCCCUCACCUCACAGAAUCCCACCGCUGCAUCACAAUCGAUACAUAUGGCGCUGCCCGCUCCACGUAUACCAACGACGCGGUAACAAUCCCCAGCAUCGCAGAUGAUGUCAUUGGCGUACUGGACGCACUACAAGUCCCCGAGGCAAUUGUCGUCGGCCACUCAAUGGGCGGCCUCGUAGUCACAGAGCUGGGUGCUCGCUAUCCGAACCGUCUGCUGGGCGUGGUAGCCAUCGGCCCCACGCAUCCGUCGGAAUUGCUAGUCGCAGUCAUGAGCAAGAGAGCAAUCACCGUCGAGGCUGCUGGAAUGGAACCAAUGGCCGACACCAUUCCCUCUGGAGCUGUCGGCUCGCGCAGCACUCCGCUCCAGAAGGCUUUCAUCAGGGAGUUGAUCCUUGGCCAGGAUCCAAAGGGGUAUGCGGCUCUGUGUCGGGCAAUUGCUUCCGCGCAGCCGGCGGAUUAUGCUGCUAUCACGGCGCCGUUUUUGCUGAUUGCGGGCGAGGAGGACAAGUCUGCUUCUAUGGAAGGGUGCGAGCAUAUUUUUGAGCGUGUCUCGAGUAAGCAGAAGUCUUUUGAAGUGUUAAAGGGUGUUGGGCAUUGGCAUUGUGUUGAGGCGGCUGAUGAGGUGGGUGCAUUGAUUGCCAAUUUUGCGAAGGUUGUGAGUGCCUAG